UAAUCACAUGAAUGCAGCAGUGUAGACUUUGGCAUUUCGGUAUGAAAAAAGCUCAAGGUACACGUCGUAAACAUCAGUCAUGUCUAACUUUAUCCUGGGUUUGGACGUUGGUACCUCUUCGGUAAAAGCCGUUUUAUUAGACAGACGAUGUAGAGCUAUAGCUGCCAGUCAGUCUUUACCGACUGUUUCUGAUUUAGCCGACGAUAGCGGGAUAAAGGCGAAAGAGCAGGACACGGGUCGGAUCAUAGACACUCUGGACCGGUGCAUUGGCCUCCUGCCCAGAGACAAACUGCAACAUGUGUGCUGCAUCGGGCUGACCGGACAGAUGCACGGAGUGUUAUUCUGGAAACCAAAAAGCGGUUGCGUCUGGUCCAAUAGUGAUUCCUUAACAGCCAAAGACACCAGUCAGCUGAUCACCUGGCAAGAUGGACGUUGCAGCAAUGACUUCCUCACCUCUCUUCCCAGACCAGACUCUCAUCUCAGCAUCGCCACGGGGUUUGGCUGUGCAACAAUCUUCUGGUACAUGAAACACAAACCCAAAUUCCUUGAGGACUUUACGGUUGCAGGUACCAUCCAGGACUAUGUGGUGUCCAUGCUGUGUGGUUUGGACGGUUGUGUCAUGACACCUCAGAAUGCAGCCAGCUGGGGCUUCUUCAACACGUCAUCCAAUCAGUGGAACGAAAACAUUCUGAAGGGUGCUGGCUUCCCUUUGCACCUGCUUCCUAAGUGUGUGCCAUCUGGUAGCUUGGCAGGAAAGACCUGCUCUCAGUGGCACGGCAUCCCUGCUGGCACUCCAGUAGGGGCCGCGCUAGGAGACUUCCAGUGCUCCGUCUACUCCUGCAUGAGCGAACGGACAGAUGCAGUCCUUAACAUAAGCACUUCAGCCCAGCUGACCUACGCCAUGCCAGCUGACUUCAAACCUCCAGAUUCUCCUCAGCCCGCCUCGUCCAUCUCCUACUUCCCUUACUUUGAGUCCACAUAUUUGGCUGUUGCAGCAUCCCUCAAUGGAGGGAAUGUGUUGGCAAGUUUUGUGGAGAUGCUGACUUCCUGGAUGAGAGAGCUUGGUUUGUAUUCUUCUUCUAUUUUCUAGACCUUAAUCCAUCGUCAUCCCUCUCAGGAAAACCAAACAGUGCAGGCUGACUUGCAGAUGGACACAGACACUGUGAUGCCACACAUUAGUUUUCUUUUUUAAUUAUGAUUAUUACAAAAGGCUUAAAAAAGUAGAAUAGCUUAGUAA